UCAAUGCCCUACGGUACAGUGCCGCAUGGUCUGGUAUAGCUGCAGAUUGAGAUUCGGCUCCCCAGGUUAUCCAUCGCCGUAACUCAUUCGACGCUUCCGGCUGACGCUCGGGAGCCGGUUGGUGUGACCCUCGGGUUAUACGGCUUGGGCCCCUGUCUGUCCUGAUGGAUGUGUCUUAGUGCUGAGCGUGGUGCAAGCACCUAAUGUUGGGAGAAGCGGCAUUCAAUAAUGGAGCUGGCUAGCAAUUCCUUUCGCUGUACUAGUACGGUACUGUACUCGUACAUAAGACCCAUAAAUUCCUUUGGCUCUUGAUGUAGAAGGCUCGGAUGUUCCAAUACCUAUUUUCUUCGGCGCCACGAAUUGUGCUCGAUAUAAGGGAAGGAUAGCUCCGGAGAGUUCCCUACCCCUCCGCCAGGGUGAUAUUAAUGCAACACGGUUAUCUCGGCCAAACAUCUUAACUGGCAAGCAACAUUAGCCUGGCCAAGUACGAGUAAAGGGGAACAGGGCAAUUGAAGAUGGGAGACGUUUCGCCGGGAGGGAAGGAUCCGAGCCCACCGCAACCAGAGUUUCACGCGUCGAGUUGGUCGUUCCGCGACGAGCAGACUGGAAAAUUGAAAAAACGGUGGACAGCAAUAGUGGUCGCUGUGGGGGUUCUUUUGACGACCACACUGGUAACUUCGGUCGUGGUCCAUUCCUGUGGACUCAUGAAUAAGAGACCGCGCUCAGCACACUCAGAAGACAGAGGCUCCUCUGACAGUGAUUCGGACAGUUCCCAGGACCGCGAUGAAACUCCGAAGCCAUUCGUACCAAAGCUCGCUCACUUGGUUCAGCCAUUUAUGGGUGUCGAGGGGGGCGGGAACACUUUCCCCGGCGUUUGCAUGCCAUACGGCGUUGUUAAACUCGGAAUCGAUAUGCUCCCACCGGCUGGUGUAGCUGACGCGUACUCGGGAUACUAUCCUCGCGGCCGGGUCAAGGGAUUCUCCAUGAUGCAUGAAUCGGGGACUGGUGGAGCGCCGAAAUAUGGCGUUGUCUCACAGUACCCGGUUACUGGUGCACUGGAGAAUCCACUGGUCGAUCACGCUGUUGCUCGAGCAGUGCCGGAUGAAGCGGCUCUCGGCUGGUACAAGGCUUCGUUAGAGGGCGGGAUCACUGUCGAGUUGGCAGCCAGUCACCACGCCGGAAUCCUUAAACACACCUUUCCCGCCAUGGCCACAAAUGCUUCGGUGGCGGGGAAUCAUGUCAUUGUGGAUGUGUCAUACCACCUGCAGAGUUUCCGUGGACAAGGCAUUGGGCAGAAUUAUGUCGAAGGGAGCAUUAAGGUGGACAGCAACGGGUACGAAGGUUAUGGUGUUUACAACGGUGGUUGGAAUUUAGGUGAGAACUGGAAGAUUUACUUUUGUGGAAAAUUCCGAACAAUCCCGGUGCAGGUGCGUACAUUUUCGGGAACAGGUGAAGUGUUGGAAUCCUACGGAGGGACCUCCGCCAUCUCUGGAACAAAGAGGGUUGGCGCCGUCUUCUCAUUCGGCGCAUCCCGAAACAUAACCCACCCACUUGCUGUAGAGUCAGAUAUCGGAAUAUCCUUCAUCUCGGCGGAAAAGGCAUGUAAAUUCAUUCAGUCAGAAAUUCCGCCAAAUCAGCCUUUCGGAACUCUUGUCAACUCCACCAAACAGACAUGGGAGGAGGAAGUCUUGUCGACUGUUUCUACCGCUGAGACCGAUGACGCGAAGCUCAAGCUCUUGUAUUCGGCGAUUUAUGGCAUGUACAUCGUUCCCUCGAAUAGGACGGGAGAGAAUCCAAAGUGGGAAUCUUCCGAACCUUACUAUGAUGACACAUUCACCUUCUGGGAUCUGUUUCGCUCUCACACCCCAUUGAUGCACAUCAGCCAGCCAGGGCGAUACGAAGAGUACAUCCGCUCCACAAUUGAUAUCUGGCGACACGACGGGUACACUCCCGACGGGCGGUCUUCAAACUUCAACGGUCGGGUCCAAGGAGGUAGCAACGCGGAUAAUGUUCUCGCAGACGCUUAUGUUAAAGGCGUUCGAGGAAGGAUCAACUGGGAAGAUGGCUUCAAAGCAAUGGUCAAGAAUGCCGAGAUGACCCCGGAAAACAACAACGACCAGAUGGCUCCCGACUCAUCGACCAAGGAGGGUCGAGGGGCUCUACCGGACUGGUUGGAACGAGGGUACAUCACGACAAAGUACUCUAGAAGCGUGUCUCGGGCAUCCGAGUAUGCGCUGAAUGACUUUGCCUUAUCGCAGGUUGCCAAGGGCCUGGGAAAGACCGCCGAAUACGACAAGUACCUGGGGAGGUCCAGGAAUUGGCGCAACCAAUGGGAUAACAACUCUAUGGCUUUCGGCGGGGAAUUCACGGGGUUCUUGUCGCCAAGGGACAUUAGUGGAAAUUUCCCAACGCCGCCCCAGGACCCAUUAAGCUGCGGCGGUUGUUACUGGCGUGAUGCUUACUAUCAAGCUCUCCCAUUUGAGUACUCUUUUGGCGCACAUCAUGACAUGGAGACGCUCAUCAAGUACAUGGGUGGUGAGGAGAAGUUCGUCGCACGAUUGGAGAAGAUGUUUGAGCCCGGUCAGAGCCCGACUGGUUCCCCGAGAUUUGGAAAAACUAUAUUUAACCCUGGGAAUGAGCCAAGCUUUGCAACGCCGUACCUGUUCAAUUACGCUGGGCGACAAGACCUUACAGUCGAGAAGUCGAGAUAUAUUGCCAAGACCUACUACAACUCUGGCCCCCAAGGCCUCCCAGGGAAUAGUGAUGCUGGAGCGAUGCAAUCUUGGCUCGUUUGGAACAUGCUCGGCCUAUAUCCUAUUACCGGAACAACCACCUUCCUCAUUGCCUCGCCUUGGUUCUCAGACCUAACACUCAGCCUCGGAAGCCCUUCUAAGACCGUGAAAAUCACUUCGACCGGCGGUAGCGAAACUGACUUCUUCGUCCAAUCCGUCAAACUGAACGGGAACAAUUGGGACAAGAAUUGGCUCAGCUGGGGCGACCUGUUUGAGAAAGGCGGGACGCUAGAAUUCGUCCUCGGGGCAGAAAGGACAAAGUGGGAUACUGGCGAGAGACCGCCGAGCUUUGCUACGUAAAUAUUUUUCUUCGUUCUUUGUAUCACUCUUAUUUGUAAAUCGUCUUAUCUUUCCUCCGGCUACAUGUAUAUAUGAUACCAACAGUUCGCUCAUGGCUUUUUUUUUGGAUUUAUAGGAGUUUUCUCUCUUUUUCCUCCUUUUCCCUCCCUUCCUUUCUUUCUGACACUGCAUGAGGAUGGGUGUUUGUUCAUGUUUAGCAUUACAUAUCUCUCGCGGCCACGAGAGCUCGAGAUUUAAAUUUGGUAGUAGAAUACCCCUAAUAAUACUUUUUUGGAAUAUCA